CGGGCGGCCAUGGCGGCGCUGCUCGAGCACGAGAGCCAGAUAUUCCUGGACCUCUUCCACAGCGACGGGCUGGUGGUGUGCGCCCGCGGGCUGGGCAUCGACCGCCUGCUGCUGCGCUUCCUUCGCCUCUACUGCGAGCCCGCCAGCCUUGUGCUCGUGCUCAACACGAGCGCCGCUGAGGAGGAAUAUUUCAUCGAUCAGCUGAAGUCAGAGGGAGUUGCUCACCUUCCUCGGCGCGUUACCAAUGAAAUCACAAAUAAUAUUCGCUAUGAAUUUUACACACAAGGAGGAGUCCUCUUUGCAACAAGCCGAAUCCUUGUGGUUGAUUUCCUCACUGACAGAAUUCCUGCAGACCUCAUUACUGGCAUUUUAGUAUACAAAGCACACAGAAUCAUUGAAUCCUGUCAGGAAGCAUUUAUCUUGCGACUCUAUCGCCAGAAAAACAAGCAAGGCUUCAUUAAAGCUUUUACAGAUAAUGCGGUUGCAUUUAACACUGGCUUUUGCCAUGUGGAAAGAGUGAUGAGAAGUCUUUUUGUCAGAAAACUUUAUCUGUGGCCAAGGUUUCAUAUAGCUGUUAACUCGUUUUUAGAGAAGCAUAAACCUGAAGUGGUAGAGAUACAUGUGUCAAUGACUCCCAAGAUGCUUGCUAUCCAGACUUCUAUACUGGAUAUUUUGAAUGCCUGUCUGAGAGAACUCAAACGUUAUAAUCCAGCUCUGGAAGUAGAAGAUCUAUCUUUAGAAAAUGCUAUUGGUAAACCUUUUGAUAAGACAAUACGUCACUAUCUGGAUCCUCUCUGGCAUCAGCUUGGAGCUAAGACCAAAUCUUUAGUCCAAGAUUUGAAAGUGCUCCGUACUUUGCUGCAGUAUCUAACCCAGUAUGAUUGUGUCACCUUCCUUAAUCUUUUGGAGUCACUGAAAGCCAGUGAAAAAGCCUUUGGWGAAAAUUCAGGGUGGCUGUUUCUUGAUUCCAGUACUUCCAUGUUUGUAAAUGCUCGAGCCAGAGUUUAUCGCACUGCAGAUGACAGCCUGAAUAAAAAAAGAAAAGUUUCUGAAAACAAUGAUGCAAGAAAAGAAAAUGAAAUGAAAAGAGAAUUGGUUCUGGAAAGUAAUCCAAAAUGGGAAGCUCUACAAGAAGUAUUGAAAGAAAUUGAAAAUGAGAAUAAGAACAGUGAAGAUCUUGGUGGUCCAGGACAAGUGCUKAUUUGUGCCAGUGAUGACCGAGCUUGUGCACAGCUCAAGGAAUGUAUUACGGCUGGAGCAGAAGCUUUUUUAACGAGGCUGUAUAACAAAACCUUUGGAAAGGAUGAGAAGGCUGCAGAAGUGUGGAAGAAGGAUACAAAAGCUGCCAAGACCAAAGGAAGYGCCAGAACAGACACAGGACCUCAAGACAAAAAAUCCAAACUGAAGGUUUCUUCGAAAGAAAGUAAAAGCAAGAAGCAGCAAGACCAUACUUUACCCCAAAUGAUAGCGAAAACUAAGGAGGGAAAUGGAGAGAAGGAGUUGGAAGUGGAAGAAUACCAAGAAUUCAGCAGUAGCCAGGAAAACAAUACUGAGAAGACUCUUUCUGAAGAUUUCUGUAUUAACCUGCCCUCAGAUUCUUACUACGGUAUCUUCAAAACACCCCUCACUAUUAUUCAUCCGUUGCAGGGUUGCAGUGAUCCCUAUGCACUCACUCGGGUACUGCAAGAAGUAGAACCCAGAUAUGUUGUUUUAUAUGAUGCAGAACUAAGUUUUGUUCGGCAGCUGGAGAUCUACAAGGCAAGCAGGCCUGGAAAGCCCUUGAGGGUUUAUUUCCUCAUAUAUGGGGGCUCUACAGAAGAACAGCGCUAUCUCACAGCUCUGAGAAAGGAAAAGGAGGCUUUUGAGAAACUCAUUCGAGAGAAGGCCAGCAUGGUGAUCCCUGAAGAGAGGGAAGGAAGAGAUGAAACUAACUUGGACCUAGUAAGAGAUGCUACUCCUGCAUCCUUCUCCACUGACACGCGCAAAGCAGGUGGACAAGAACAGAAGAGUGUUCAGCAAACUAUAAUAGUGGAUAUGCGGGAAUUUCGUAGUGAGCUUCCCUCACUGCUUCAUCGUCGUGGCAUUGACAUUGAGCCAGUUACUUUGGAAGUUGGAGAUUACAUUUUAACUCCUGAUAUCUGUGUAGAGCGGAAGAGUGUCAGUGAUCUUAUUGGUUCCCUAAAUAAUGGAAGACUGUACACACAGUGCAUUUCUAUGUCCCGUUACUAUAAGCGACCAAUUCUCCUGAUUGAAUUCGACCCUAACAAAUCUUUCUCCUUGAUUCCACGAGGCUCUCUACAUCCGGAGAUUUCCAGUAAUGAUGUUACUUCCAAACUAACCCUACUUACACUCCAUUUCCCUAAGCUGCGUAUCCUGUGGUGUCCCUCUCCUCAUGCUACUGCUGAACUCUUUGAAGAAUUAAAACAAAACCAUCCACAACCUGAUGCAGAAACAGCAAUGGCUGUCACAGCAGAUUCUGAAGUUCUCCCGGAGUCAGACAAGUAUAACCCCGGUCCUCAGGACUUCUUGUUAAAAAUGCCAGGUGUCAACACAAAGAACUGCCGCGUCUUAAUGAACCAUGUUAAAAGCAUUGCAGAGCUAGUGACGCUGUCGAAGGACAAACUUACUGAAAUUCUGGGUAAUUCCGUCAAUGCCACACAACUCUUUGACUUUAUUCACAUGACCUACAGCGAAGCAAUGUCUCAAGGGAAAAACAAAAGAUGACUAAUGGAGGUCGUCCAGCAUAAGCUAUAGUAAAGCAUUUUUGCACAAUACUUUGGCAAAGUAUAUAAAAUAUUUUAAUAUAUGCCUUCCAAGGUAACCAGCUGUUUCCUACCAUAAUUCUGUUCCAUCAGUUUUAAUGCUUGGGUUAAUGUUGGCAAGUUUCAUGAAGAAAAGAUAAAUUGUUGUUAAUGGAGAAAUACAUAAGACUUUUAUUCCUCCUACAGCACUUGAACAAAUUCUCUAGCAACACUGAAUAAACUGAAUGAAGUUCAUCAUGAAGCCCAUUAGGAUUAAGUGCUAAAACUAAUUGAUCAGAGACACAUAUAACAUCUUGUUAAAGAUGAAAAUGCUCAAYUCUACUCUUGCUAUAUCCUGCUUGUCUUUCUUAGUGUGUUAUUUUCUGGAAACUGCCAGCUUCCUGCUGACAAUGAUGAAUCUGUUUGAAAUGCAGCAUGACUUUAGCAGCAAGGUGGUUUAGAAGAAUGUACUUGGAGUCAGUUUUGUGAGUUUUAGAAUAUCAUCACAAACUGAAGUUGGAGGGGUAUGUUCUAUGUUGUAGUUGUUUACUAGCAGUAGUUGCGUUUUUUGAUUCUCCGGAGUCAGUAGAUCUCUGUCUUGAUAGAUUUUGCAAAGUGCUUUCUUUUUGUCUAAACUGGAUAAGGAUUCUGCAUUAACACAAUAGAGCUUAAUAUCAUAGUGCCUUAUUUAUAUUUCUGAAAUAUUUUUGAACCAGAUAUGAUACCUCUUUUCACUGCACUUACUUGAAAGUGGAAAGCUAGAAAUACUGUUGGGAAUGUUCUUUUUA